CGCAAGCGUUCCCGGAAGUCUCGCGAUGUUGCGUCUCUGGGUUUAGAAUCUCUGAAAUAUGUAGCUAACACUAAAAGCAAAUAUUUACAUCUCUGAGUUCACUCAAAUAUUUUUGACGAAUUGUAACAGUCAGCCCUAACGUUAGCUGGUUUGGGUAAGGCAUGUUUUUUGACAAAUCAUACACGUUGGGUGGCGUUUUAUAAAAUGGAAGAGCCGUGGGAUUUCGAGUUUUUAUCCCGUAUUGUGGACGGGUUUGUGUCGUUUCUUUCCGAAUUUGUGGAUGACUGGUUGGCUAAUGAUAUGAGAGUGUCAAUAUUCAAGAUCUUGUUUAGCUGGCUUGUUGUCAGUCUCAUUGCCAUCCACUUCGCUUGGAGAGUUUACGGAAACACUGUGAACGAUAUGUAUUACCGACAAGGUACUAGUGGACAGAAUGGAGGCACACCUGACACUGCACCUCACCGCAGUGGAUGGUAGGUGUCCAAGCAUCCAUGUGUCUCCCUCCAGGGAGAGUGCUGCAGGAGACACCAUCAAGACACACCGUGAGUGACAGACGGGACAUAACAAGUUGGACUACAUUCUACUUGCUCUCUGUCUAAUCAGACAGAGUUGCUGAGGGGACACAGACUUGAUAUGUUGUGCCUUUUCAAAUGGGCUGGAGUUCAUUGAUGAGGUGGGCCUGCAGACGCUUCCUUACUCUACGCUGAAAAAUUAUUUUCCCCCGGACGGUUGUCAUGAAGAGGUAACUGUUAUCAGGCUCAGUUUACAUCCAGACAGCCACACCAUGCGAUAAGCUAAGAUAUUCUCUCAUAUGCCAUAUCUUUUUAAAUCUCAUAUUUUAAAAUGUAGCUCAUGUAAAUUUGUACCGCCUUUGAUUGGUGAGCCAUUAAAAUAUCUAUCCAA